GCAAGAUUGGGAAUUAUUUUAUUGAGCAUUUAUUUUUGUUACCAAGAUCAAUUUUGGAACUUUGUUUUCGUGCGUUUCUCAAGUUACUUACUUGUCGACUUGGUUUAAAGUAGGUACGGAUUUAAAGGUUGAAACUGUUAGUAAGUAAAAAGUAUUUAGUUCAUCGAGUUCUCUGUUAUCCGUGAUCGAAUUUUAUCAAGCAGUGAGCAGUCAUCCUCUCGUUGUUCGCUCGUCGAAUUAUUCAGUGUUCUUCGAUUAGGGACUCAGCCACAAAGGCAUCGUUUUCACGACGUUUUGCCAAACCUGGUGAACGAAUUUGGCGGAGGACAGGAUCGUAGGUCUUUUGCUGCUGCGAACAGCGAACUAAACCUGAGGAAUCCAUUCAGUCCCUGUCAGACUUAACAGCGCUGAAAUGGACACCGAAGCGAAAGCCGCGGAUAAUCCAUCGAUGAACGCUCCUUCCGGCAGCCCAGCGAAGGUUGACUCGCUGCAGCGAUCAUCGCUGGGGCCAAGUCCGUCCAGCGCCGAACCCUUCCAAAACAAAUCACCCGCUGCUUCCACUCCUGGCAAUCCUGCAAUCCAUUCCGGAAGUCCCCAGCGGCCCUUUCCGGGGAUGCAGCAGGCCAACGGGAAAGGAGGUGGUGGUUUCAAUCGCAAACACGGUCGGCACCGAGGAGGCAAGGAUCGCGUCCAGAAUAACAGUAACAGCAACAAUCCUGGCUUUGGCGAACCUCAUCCACCACGAAAUCGAGACCACGAUGAGGAAAUCAAAUUUGGUAAUCGUGCACGUUUGUUUGUGGGGAAUCUCAGCAAUGAUACAACUGAAGAUGACAUUCGCAAAUUGUUCGAAAAAUUUGGCCCCCAGCCUGACGUGUAUAUGGACAAAGUGAAACUGUUUGCUUUCGUCCGCAUGGAAACUCGAAGCCAUGCAGAACAGGCCAAGCAGAACAUUGACGGGACAAACUUUAAAGGCAGAGUGCUUCGAGUUCGUUUCGCAACCCACAGCGCUGGAAUUCGUGUGAAGAAUCUGAGUCAAAAUGUAUCAAAUGAGCUUCUGCGACGAGCCUUCGAAAGAUUUGGCGAAGUUGAACAGGCGGUAGCGGCCGUCGAUGAACGAGGCAGACCGACGGGUGACGGCGUCGUCUACUUUUCCAGAAAGAACAUCGCUCAGAAUGCUUACAAGCACGUAUCCGAUGGAGUGUUCCUUUUGGGAGCUUCUCCUCGACCCUUGUAUGUGGAGAUGUUGGAGCAGAAAGAUCUGGAAGAUGGGUUGCCGGAAGUGCAUGUGGCCUCUCGUCCCACUUACCAGCAAGAGACUGAACAACCACCGCGCUUUGCAAAACAAGGCUCUCUGGAAUUUGAGUUCGGCAUGCGAUGGAAAAAGCUGUUUGAAAAUCAUCAAAAGAAGCUGGACGAGUUGGAAAAACUUUUCCAGGAUGCGUCGGCUACACUGGAACAAGAAAUGGAGACGAGCGUGGUUGACUUGGAGAUGAACAAAAUCCAAGCGGAGAUCCUAGCGCGUGAGAUGCAGUUGCGCGAAAUGCAGCAGAAGAAGGCACAACAUUCCGGACGAGGAAUGGGUCAAGCUCCACCAAACGCCCUGCUGCAGAGUCAUCAGUCCAUGAUGUCAAUGGGUGCUCCUAUGCCACCUCCAGGAUUUGGUACAGCUCUUCCAGCGCCGGGUUUAGGAGCAUCUACUUCAUCGCCAGGAGAUGAAUAUAUGGACCACUCUCCGCAUAUGGCACAAGGUGCUCAUAUGAUGAUGCAUCCACAAGGCGAUAACAUGCCUGGUGGACACGGUGGUAUGCAGGGUCGUGCUGCUCCACCGCACUUUGGUAUGCCGCUACCCGGAGGUCCUCCGGGCUUUAUGCCGGCUCCUCCUCGGUACGGUUUUAGACAACCACACCCGCAAGACUCAUUUGAUAUGGGUAUUGGGCAGCAGAGGCUAGGCAACCGGAAUUUUGAUAAUAAGCAGCGAGGUGGCCAGCACUACGGCGGUGGGCAGAAGCGCCCGCGUAACUGAGUACUUCAUCAGUGUCCUUUGCCUACUUAUUCUGCCGUUAUAAUAUGCUUCUCACGCUGUGUAUAGUUUGUGUUUUACUUACUUUUAUCAAACGAUUGCAUUGUUUUUUGGUUUUACCAAGUAAUACGCCAUUUCAGCCAUUUUUAAUUACUUUCCAUUGGCAAUUUUCCAUCGAGCAGUAGCGUUCCGUAUCUUCAUUUGAAACUAUCGAUAUGAAUUAUGCCUCUAAGCUAGGCUUGUUGUUAGCAGACUAAGUACUUUCUGGCACUUACGCUUUUGAUGUUUUAAUUCAAUAUAUCCUUUGCGUAUA